AUGGCCUUCCUUUGGAUCCUCUCCUGUCUUGCUUUUGUGAGCUCAGCCUUUGGCUGUGGCGUUCCUGCCAUCAAGCCCGUUGUCACUGGCUACUCCAGGAUUGUCAACGGUGAGGAGGCUGUUCCCCACUCCUGGCCCUGGCAGGUGUCUCUGCAGGACUACACUGGCUUCCACUUCUGCGGUGGUUCCCUGAUCAACGAGAACUGGGUUGUGACUGCUGCCCACUGCAACGUGAGGACCUCUCACCGCGUGAUCCUGGGUGAGCAUGACCGCUCCUCUAACGCUGAGGGAAUCCAGGUCAUGAGUGUCGGCAAGGUCUUCAAGCACCCCAAAUACAACAGCUACACCAUCAACAACGACAUCCUCCUGAUCAAGCUGGCCACUCCCGCCCAGCUGAGUGCCCGCGUGUCUCCUGUGUGUCUGGCUGAGACCAGCGACAACUUCGCCGGUGGCAUGAGGUGUGUCACCUCCGGAUGGGGUCUGACCAAGCACAAUGCCGCUGAUACCCCCGCUCUCCUGCAGCAGGCCUCCCUGCCCCUCCUGACCAACACUCAGUGCAAGCAGUACUGGGGCAGCAAAAUCUCCGACCUCAUGAUCUGCGCUGGGGCCUCUGGUGCCUCCUCUUGCAUGGGUGACUCUGGUGGCCCCCUGGUCUGUGAGAAGGCUGGCGCCUGGACCCUGGUUGGUAUCGUGUCCUGGGGCAGCGGCACCUGCACCCCCACCAUGCCCGGAGUGUACGCCCGCGUCACCGCUCUCCGGUCCUGGGUGGACCAGACCCUCGCCGCUAACUAAAGCUGCCAUGAUUGUUUUUAGUUUCACCUUGGUUUUGAAUAAAGCACUUUGAAUGAAAUCUUGUUGUUCAUAGUUUUA